CUCCCCCCUUCUUCCCUGUCGGUCUCGCCCGCCCAGGAAAACGGGCCACCUCUGACGAUACACAGCCAUCCUUUUUAUCUCCCGUACCGGCUUCCCCUACUCGGAUGAAGAUGGCCGCGCGCACCCAGCCCUUCUUCACUCGUUCCUUUUGGAUGGCGUGCUUACUUCUCGGCGCGGCCCAUGCGUCCGAUGCUCCGCCCACUCGUACGUCGGCGAGCUUACUCUGCCUACUUCGGGCCCUCGCAUCCUUCUUGCUCACACAUCUUCCCACAGGGGCGAUACUAGGCCCGCCCUUCGUUUUUAACUCCAUCGCGGAGAUGACGACGUGUCAGCCAGCCUUUGUGAGCUGGGAUUGGGCUGGGAGCAGUGCGACGCUGCAGCAGAUAACGCUCCAAAUCACCAACUACGGUGUCUCGCAGUUCACUACCUCGAUCACUGCGACCAGCACUGUCCCUUUCAACCCUGUGUCGACAGCGGCCUCCUCUCUGCCGCAGAGCCCCCUGGUUCCGCGGCAUAAACGCGAUCUGGGGUUCGUGACGCAGAAUAUGACUGCUUCCCGAUCGACGUGGCGUCGCAGAACUUUACGUGGCCUCUGGUCACUGUCUCUGCGGGGUGGUACAUGCUCGUCGCGACGUUCGCGAACUCGGGAACGACAGUUAACUCGCUUUCGUUCGUGAUCCAGAAUGGGGCGACGACGCAAUGUUCCGCGAGCUCUUCGACCGCCGCAUCGUCUUCUUCCUCAUCAACAUCAGCAUCAGCAUCGUCUACCCCGCCGCCAUCGCAAGUGGCUGCAUCGACCGGUGGUGGCAGGGGCGUCAACCGGGGUGCCAUUGCCGGGGCCGUCGUUGGGAGCUUGGCUGUCGUCGCCGCGGCGAUAGCCGUCUUCUUCUACUUCCGGUACGCCGCCAAGGGCAAACCCUCAGAUGGCACCACCAGUUCCGGAUCGUCGAGAAAGCGCAGCCCCCGCCGCUGGGCCGGAGACGCCAAGGCGUAUCCGUCAAGCAGCGGGAUCGGCAUUGUUGCGGGGCACCACCACUCGCAAUCGGACUCGAUCGGGCCCAUUCUGACCAGCUCUCGGCCAUCGCAGUCGCACGCGUACAGCGGCGGAGACGGGGAACUCGACUCGGGGUCGUACUUCUCGCCUUCGCAGGAGAAGAUCAGCAGCUCGCCCGUCCGAUCGCCCUUCUCCGAUUCGGGGCAUUACGCGCUGGGCGAGCUUGAGCGAAAUGCGGUUCCGCUCGAGUAUAUAGGCACGCCCCCCGAGGGCGGAGCAGGAGGCCUCGGCCGCAGCUCGUCCACGUCCACCGCCUCGCACCUGCACAUGAACUUCAGCCGCCCCCGCUCGCACCCCGGCUCGCCCUACGGAUCGGCGUCCUCGCCGACGAACGAGAGCCCCGGCCCGUCGAGUCCCACGCCCUCGUCCCAGGCGCACCAGCGCAACUCCAUCGGCGACUCGCUCUCUGGCUCGAAGCGCAUGGCGCGCAAGCCCGUGCCGCAGUACAACCCCGCCGACCCGUCGCUUGCGUCCGUGCCCUCCGCACCGAGCAGCAGCAGUAGCAGCCGCGAAGGCAGCGUGCGCGCGGCCAGUGGUACAUCUCCCCACUGGCCGGUGCUGGAGCAUAAAUCGAGCUUCGGACAGGAUGGGAGGCCCGUCGACGGCCGGCCCGUGCACUACCUUAUCCCGGAUAUGCCGUCUUCUCAGACGUGAGAUUGGACAUCUGCGCGUAUCUUAUGAUUGCUUUAUCUACAUGUAUGUUUCUUUUGCUUUGUUGUAGCUUCGUCAACCUUAUCUGCUCUGUUUUGGUGCGGGACGAGAAGUAAACAGAGAGCGAUACAGAGGAAGUUCAGGCUUCAAUGCGAGCACAACAGGACAGAGAAGAACAAUGCGAGAGUGGGGAUCGUGGUCCUCCUUGCAGACGAGAGCCUGAGAGCAUGAAUAGAUUCUAGUUCAGAGAUGUGUCAUCAGCUUGCCAGGUUGCUCGACCUACUGGUGAAUGCAGAGUUGGCUCCUAUGGGAAGGGAGGACAUUGAUAUUGGGGUGAAAGGUCUUGAACAGAGAAUUUGAAGGCAUCUGAAUCACAUUUGCCUAAUCUUGUGACUCGACAC